AUGUUAGGUAUUGAUGGGAAAAACAAGGAUACAGAGAAAGCUCGGUUAAAUUUGGAAGAUGUGGACAUUAGGAAAGAAUUGCAUCUACGGCCUAAGGGAGAUAAACUCGAAAACCCCCCAGCAUGUUAUACAUUAAAACCAGAACAAAGAAGAGAUUUUUGUAAGUUUUUGAAGUCGGUGAAGUUCCCAGAUGGUUAUGCGGCUAACAUAUCGAGGUGUGCUAACAUUGCUGAUGGAAAGAUACAUGGUCUGAAAAGCCAUGACUGCCACAUCUUGUUACAAAGACUUCUUCCUGUUGGAAUUCGUGCUUAUCUUCGCAAAGAUGUGUGUACUGCCAUAAUUGAAUUGUGUAACUUUUUUCAUGAUUUAUGUGCAAAGACUUUGAUUGUGAGUCACCUGGAUAAAUUAGAAAAGGAUAUUGUAUUCAUCCUUUGUAAGUUGGAGCGAAUAUUCCCACCGGCAUUUUUUGAUGUGAUGGUUCAUUUGGCUGUUCACUUGCCACGGGAAGCAAAACUUGUUGGACCAGUUGGAUAUAGUUGGAUGUAUCCAAUCGAAAGGUACCUAGGAACACUUAAAUGCUAUGUGGGAAAUAAAACGUGCCCAGAAGGUUCAAUUGCAGAGGCUUACAUCAUUAAUGAUGCUUGA